UGUACGACGCUUAACAUGAAAUCCAUAUUCUAUCUUAUAUUAGUGACGUUAUUAUCAAGGACGGAUUGUGCUCGUAUAUUAGCCAUCUUUCCAACUCCAUCAAUAAGUCAUCAAGUUGUUUUUCGACCACUUACUCAAGCAUUGGCUAAACGUGGACAUGAAGUAACAGUCAUAACACCAGAUCCAGCAUUUAAAGAUAAUGCAACAAGAAAUCUGACAGAAAUUGACGUUCAUGAUGUUUCCUAUGACUUUUGGCGCAAAUUUGUUCUAAAGAACGCUGCUGUUGGAGGGAAUACAGAUAUUUUAAAUGCUUUUUCAAUUUUAUCAGAAUCAUUAAGUAAAACAUUCUUUUUGCAGUUGGAAACUGAAGAUGUUCAGAAAAUAGUUCGAAGCAAAGCAAACUACGAUUUGCUACUGAUUGAAGAGUGUGUGAGACCAGCUCUAGUGUUUUCUUAUAUUUUCAAAAAUGUUCCUGUUAUUCGCAUUAGUUCGGGGGGUGUAAUGGUUUCUGCAUAUCAAAGUACAGGAUUGCCAAAUCAUCCACUUUUGUUCGCCAACGUUUUCCAGCGGAGGUUUUACAAUUUGACUGUUUGGGAAAAAAUACAAGCGUUCAUACAUAACGCCGGUCUUGAGUAUAUAUAUUCAACUCAUGAAAUUGAAGACGAUAUACAGUUGAAAAGAAUAAUCGGACCAGAUGUGCCUCCACUGCAGAAAUUAAUGGAAAAUAUCGACCUUGUAUUUUAUAAUAACUUUCACAUUUGGACUGCUAAUAUACCUGUUCCCCCAAAUGUCAUGUAUAUCGGAGGCAUAUACAAAAAACCAAAGCAGGAAAUACCCGAGGAUCUUAAAAUAUUUCUGGAUUCAUCUAAACACGGAGUUAUUUAUGUCAGCUUUGGAACAAACACAAAAGCGUCCCUUUUCCCAAAGAGUCAAGUUGAUAUAUUUACAAAAGUAUUUUCUAUGCUGCCAUACGAUGUUUUGUGGCGGUGGGACGAAGAUGUUUCUGGAAAAUCAAAGAAUAUAAGAAUUACAAAGUGGGUACCACAGCCUGAUCUGUUGAAACAUCCAAACGUAAAACUCUUCAUAAUGCAAGGUGGUUUCCAGUCUACAGAAGAAGCUAUAAUUGGUGGCGUACCACUUAUAGGACUGCCAAUGUUCGCAGACCAGUGGUAUAAUGUUGAGAAAUACAAAUAUUUUGGCAUCGGUACAAAACUUGAUAUAAAUAGUUUUAACGAGCAAGAUUUAAGAUUUGCAAUCAGUGAAGUCAUAGAGAACAGAAGGUAACCAAAAUGUUCCAUG